AAGUGGAGCGGUUGUAUCCUGAUGUUGUCACCGGCGUUGGCGUCUUGGUGACUGGACUCAUUGGGGAGUCCAUCCUGAAAGGGAUGGUGGGCAUGUGCAAGUGAAAUAUUUAAAAGGAUGGAGACUGAAGUAGCAGAAGUCAACCUGUGUUUUACUUUUGGAGUCAUAGCAGACAUUCAGUAUGCUGACACAGAGAAUGGCUUCAAUUAUUCAAGGACAAGAGAACGUUACUAUAGAAACAGCCUCCACUUGCUCCGCAGUGCUCUUCGAGAAUGGAAUGAAGAAGUGAUCACUCCCAGGUUUAUUCUGCAGCUUGGCGACAUCAUUGAUGGAUGCAAUUCACAGCUAAAGUCGUCAGAUCAUGCACUUCAAGUGGUCAUAAAUGAAUUUGCAAAGUCUCCGUCUCCAGUUCACCAUAUCUGGGGAAAUCAUGAAUUUUAUAAUUUUAACAGGGAACAGCUACUUAACUCGGCUCUCAAUAGCAAACACUUAGGAAAUGGCAAACUCUUUGAUAAUGGAGACAGCAGCAUUCAAUCAGACUUGGACCCUGAUGAUCCCAAUGAUCCUGAGGCCUUUUAUGGCUAUCAUUUUAGUCCAUUUCCUAAAUUCCGCUUCAUAUUAACUGACACAUAUGAUCUCAGUGUUCUGGGAAGGAAAAAAGAUAGCAAGAAACAUCGCUAUUCACUACAGAAACUGAAAUCAAACAACAGAAAUGAAAAUCUUAAUAGCCCCAAAGGUCUCUAUGGACUGAAUUCACGCUUUCUGGCAUUCAAUGGAGGUUUCAGUCAAGAACAGAUGGAAUGGCUAAACAAGAUACUCACUUUCUCUGAUAAUAACCAGGAAAAGGUUACAGUCAUUGGUCAUCUUCCUGUCCACCCAGACUCGACAGAUCAAAUAUGCGUUGCCUGGAACUAUGAUGAAAUCCUCUCGGUGUUGCAUGCACACACAAGUGUAGUAUGUUUUAUUGCAGGCCAUAAUCAUGAUGGUGGUUACUACUUGGAUGAUCAUGGAAUUCACCAUCUUACCUUGGAAGGUGUGAUUGAAACACCACCAGAAAGCCAUGCAUUUGGUACUAUUCGUGUCUAUGAAGACAGAAUGAUUUUAAAGGGAAGGGGCAGGAUUCCUGAAAGAGUUCUACACUUUGACAAACAUAAAUGAAUGAACCUAUGUGUGAUAAUCUUGUGAGGCAUACAGACCAUAAUCACAUGAUGCUGUGUACUGUCCAAUGAACUGUUGCAAAGAAUUUCUCCAUUUUAAUAAUUAAACUCAAAUGGCAGAGCAGUGGAGUCAUAUUGGAAAAUUAAAUGCAAAGAAUUUAAUAGUAAAUUUAGAUAGCAGUAAUUGAAGUUUCCCACUGCAAUCAAAAAAAUCUGGUCAGCAAUUUUUACUUUAUAGUACUGUUUUACUUGAGCAUGGUACUAUUUCAUCUGAACCCUUCCAUUUUGCAUUACUCUUGUGUUGCAGUUCAAGCAGCUUUUAAGUUAAUGCACGUAAACAUAGACCCUUGCUAGUCACGAAUUUUUUGUUGUAAACAUAGAAUAUAAAUUUUGUUACGUUAUUUGAAUAUUUACCUUACUAAGAUAGAACAGGGUAAUCAAGAUUUUGCAACAUGGGAUGGGAUAUUUAUAUUAUUAAUUAGUAUUAAAAGGGAAUUUACUUGUUCCUCGAUAAAUAGACAGAGACCAAAACUCAAUUCUGAAAUGAGUGCUUGUAAAAUUGUGCAAAGACAGGCUCAAGUCUUCACCAGUUGUCCUUUUGGAACAUAAAACUGGAAAUGAGAGUCUCAACUUUGGUUACUUCAAACUUUUCAUUUAAUUAUACACAUCAAAAGCUCAUAGCAAUAAUUAGGCUCACGCCUGAAACUUGGCUAGAGCUUGCUUCCAUACAUUUCAUAGUUACCAUGUGUGGAGGUAGGAAAGAUGGUAAAAUACCUUGUGAUGUUUCAUAUUGCAUGGCUAUUAAUGAAGUUAAUCAAAUAGAAAGGCACUGCUUAAGGCAGCUUGUUUAAUUGCUCAGGAUAUUUUUCAGUCCACUGUUACAUAGUUUAGGGAGUCCAAAAAAGAAGGGAAAGAUUGUUAAUUGUUUAGACCAACCGUGAAAGUGAGUAUUUUGCUAUGAAAAAAUUAUCUGAGGAGGAGCAUAACCCAAGUCUUUUAUAUUUUGAUACAAUCAUCUUGUUUCAAUUAUGAUAGUGGAGCGAGAGAAUACAAUACCUGGAUAGGUUUAAGAUAUUUGAAAUGUGUACCUCAAAGCAUACGUACACAAAAUGAGCUCCCGUUAAAAGGUGUGUAAGCCUGAAUACUAACAUGCUUAGUGAACAUUGUGUUAGAAUGAGAUUGAAAUUAUAAGGAUAAGUCUGGCUGUAAAUUAGCCAAAAUCUAUGACUCAAAAGAUUGAGUGUUCAAAUUGAUGUACUCUGAUGGAGUGUCUUUUUUUAUUUAUCACUUAUGUGGUACUGCUGGCUGGCCAACAUUUAUUGUCUAUCCCUUGUUGCUCUUGAGAAUGUGUUGAUGAGCUGCCUUGAACUGCUGCAGUCCAUAUCCCUUUGAUAGACCCACAGUGCCCUCAGGGAGGGUAUUCCAGGAUUUUGGCGCAGCCACAAUGAAAGAAAUGCAAUACAUUUCCAAGUCAGGAUUAUGAGUGGCUUGGAGGGGUGAAGGUGGUGAUCUUCCCAAGUAUCUGUUGCCUUUGUCCAUCUAGAUGGAAGUGGUAGGGGUCUGGAAGAUGCUAUUGAAGGAUAUUUGCUGAGUUUCUGCAGUGCAUCUUAUAGAUAGUACAUACUGCUGCGACUAAGCAUUGGUGGUCAACAAAGUGGAAAUGAUGUCAGUCGAGCAGGCAGCUUUGUCCUGGUUAUUCUCAAGCUUCCUUGUUAUUGGAGCUGCAUGUAUCCUAGCAAGUAGGGAGUAUUCUAUCAUACUCCUUCCUUGUGCCUUGUAAAUGGCAGACAGGCUUUGGGGAGCCAGGAGGUGAGUUACUGCACUAUUCCUACCUUUUGACCUGAUUUGUAGGCACUACAUUUUUAUGGCAAGCUCAAUUGAGUUUCUGGUCAAUGGUAACUGUUAGGAUGUUGAUAGGUGAUGAUACCAUUCAGUGAUGGUAACUCUACGGAAUGUCAAUGGCCAGUGUUUAGAUUGCCUCUUAUUGAAUUUUGCCAGGCAUUUGUAUGACACAAAUGUUACAUACCCAGGGGACUGACUUGGGGAAUUAUCCAAACCUUGUUGCAUUUGGGUCGAUCAAAGACCGAAAGGCCUGUUCUGCGCUGUAUUGUUCUAUGAACAGGAACUACUUAAGUAUCUGAGGAGUUGUGAAUGGUGCUGAACAGUGUGCAAUUAUUGGCAGACAUCCCUGUUGGGCAGCAACAAUCCCCAAUUCUGAUCUUAUGGAGGAAACGUCAUUGAUGGAGCAGCUGGCGAUUGUCAGCUGUACCACCCUUUGAAUCAGCUUAAAACUGAGGUGCAAAUGAAACAUGUGACAUUUUGAAAAGCAGGGAGUUGUUCUCCCUAUCCUGGCCAAUGUUAAUCUUCAACCAAUAUGAAGAGAAACAAUAAACAGGUAAUUCAUCUCAUUUAUAGAUUGUAGAACCUUGCAAAGAAUAAUCAUUGGCUAUUUUUAUCUGCAAUACCAGCAUUACUUCAUAGGAAAAAUGUGAGACAUCUAAGGAUGUGAUAACUUGUUGAAUUAUUGCAAAUUCAUCAUUUCAUGCUGAAGAAGAGAGGAAAGGACACUCACAUUUCUACCACCGUCCCUAACCACAGUUCUGGUUUUCUGAGUAUGUGUGUAAGGAAGAAUUUAGUGCAGUUUAUAUCACAUUCCAGUGAUGUGCAGGUAAGGUGAGUUGACCGUGCUAAAUUGCCCAUAGUUUUAGGUGCAUUCGUCAGGGGUAAAUGUAGGGUAGGGGAAUGUGUCUGGGUAGGUUACUCUUCAGAGGGUCGGUGUGGACUUAGGGCCUGUUUCCAUAAUCUGUACCUGUGUUUUUUGUUUUUGCCGCUGUUUACCUACUAUUUAUUGAUCUCUGCUAUUUAACACCAUGAUCUACUGUAUUGCUUGCAAGGCAAAACUUUUCACUGUGCCUCGGCACACGUGACAAUAAAUUCAAUUCAAUUCAUAAGUAGAUGAGAUGCAAUAUGUAAGAUUAUUUGUUAAGAAAAAAAAGUAAUGUCUUCUAAUAUUUAAGAUACAUUUUUAGAACUUAUCACAUUUAAAAUAAAACAUGAAAUAGAUGAUGAUUGCAGAAGUAGGUGAAAGUUGAUUGUAAUGACCUUAAAUUUAUAUUUGUUCUUGUCUCACUUAAAUGUUAAUCCAGUCACCUUUUGGAAUGACUGCAUGACCAAGAUUAAUUUUUCCUACAUGGCUAUAGGUCCUUUUGUAAGUCCCACAGCUUGGGAAGUAACACAGUUCUGAUUUAAGAAAUGUGGGAUUCAGUUGACAAUAUUACUAGCAACACAGAACCUGGAUGAAUAUCUGGUAAAAUUUUGAAAAUACCUUCUUCGAACAAGAAUAGUACAACAAACCCAUCUGAGAUUAUUUCUGUCAGCAACUCCCAAAACUUGGAAGCAAAUGUCAAAAGAGAUCAAGAUCAGGUGUUUUAAACCUUUCAAAGUGUUUUCUCAAAACGAAAUCAUGUUAUCUUAAAGACCAUUCAAA